UGGCCGUAAGUGGACAAUCGAAUCGGCCCCUCGCAAAAUUAUUUGUUUUUAAAAGCAUUGCAAGGCCCACCAAUCUGGCCAUCAGAUAUGUCCGCGACCACCAGGUCGAGGAUCUGGAGCAGGCAGAGUUCCUCCCGCGUGGUGGAAAGUACGCUGAUUGGCGAUGGCCCGCAUGUGCAAAUAAUCCGCCACAACCGCCCACAUCCGCCACGCAACCAGCGGAUGCUAACGGCGGCAGUUCAAAGUCCCCGCCGCAACUACCUUCUUCGCAAGAUCAGUCUGCAACGGAGCCUGGCCUUCUGCAGCCGGUUAAGGAGCACCUUCGGAGGACCUGCGUCCGGAUUUGGCUACCUCUUCGAUUUGGAUUUCAGCAUGAGCAGGCCACUGCGACUGCAUUCCCAUCGGCCGAUAUUUGGAAACUGGGCUGGAUUACCCAAUGAGAACUAUGAGGAGGCAGAAGAUGUGGAUAUCCAGCAGCGCAGAUUCUUCUCGGAACGUCACCACUGGGAUCGGGCUCAACUAUAUUUCCAGCAGUAUCUGGGACUGCGACAGCGCCAUCAUCUAAGUCCAAAAUCAUUCUCCCUGAAAUGCGAGCUAAACCUAAAGUUCAUUCGCGACGCGUUGUACGAAUUGGGUCUGACAGAGGCCUUGAGACUGGCAUUCAACGAAAUGUUGCAUAUGCACUAGCUUUUGGUUAUUUGGGGUGUAACCGCGAUCGAUAAUAAAAACUUUUUGCAAUCGAAA